AUUUCGAGAUAUUUUCGAGUUUUGAUCGACAGUUGAAGAAGGCUCGAAGCAGAACAAAGCAACAAAAAUGGCGAUGUUAGACAAAUUGCUCUCACAGGAAGCUUGAAACUCGGCGGAAAAAGAGCAUUCUAAUUGGAAAAUGGUGCAGAUUCUUCUCCAUUCAUCAGCCUCAUUUCUUCUCCAAUGCUGUUCUUCUCCUCCUACCUCCGCCAGGGGAAUGCAUAGCAAAGUAAUAUUGAAAAACAAUAUUGAGCAACCUCCUCUAAGAAAGCUUGUGUCCCAGCAUGUACUAUCUGGAUUUGCUACUUCAUUGAUAUUCCUCACUCAACCAAACCAGGCUAUCUCAGCCGAUCUAUCUCGUCACGAAAACUUUUACCAGCUUGCAAGUGCAGAGAAUACUGCAAGCCUUCCGUUUGAGAGUGAUUCUGAUGGAGGAGGGAGAUUGAUGAUGAUGAGAGGGAUGACAGCAAAAAAUUUCGAUCCUGUUAGGUACUCCGGAAGAUGGUUCGAAGUUGCUUCACUUAAACGCGGAUUUGCUGGACAAGGUCAGGAAGACUGCCACUGCACCCAGGGUGUAUACACAUUUGAUAUGGCGACACCGGCGAUACAAGUAGAUACCUUUUGUGUUCAUGGAAGCCCGGACGGAUAUAUAACUGGGAUAAGAGGAAGAGUUCAGUGCCUCUCAGAGGAAGAUCUACAGAAAAACGCAACCGAGCUGGAAAACCGGGAGAUGAUCAAGGAGAAAUGUUACCUGCGCUUUCCAACAUUGCCAUUUAUCCCUAAGGAGCCGUAUGAUGUCAUUGCAACUGAUUAUGACAACUUUGCUUUAGUUUCUGGUGCAAAAGACCUUAGUUUUGUUCAGAUCUAUUCAAGAACGCCGAACCCGGGACCCGAAUUCAUAGAGAAGUACAAGUCGUACUUGGCGAAUUUCGGGUAUGAUCCAAGUAAAAUCAAGGACACUCCUCAAGAUUGUGAAGUAAUGUCAAACAGUCAGCUAGCUGCAAUGAUGUCAAUGUCUGGAAUGCAACAGGCUUUGACAAACCAGUUUCCAGAUCUUGGGCUAGAUGCUCCUAUUGCACUCAACCCCUUCACUAGUGUAUUUGAUACUUUCAAAAAGCUUUUAGAGCUCUAUUUCAAGUAGUUUUGUGGCUCAGUUAUUGAGCGCUCUGUGUUAGAAACUGAUCAUGAUCCAAUCCUCAUUCAUCAGUGAUUGAUUUAAAUGAAAUUCAAGUAAAGGUGGGAAGCCUGUUGCUAGCA